AUGUGUGCGAAUAAGGAGUGGUUCUCAGAUCUUGACGAGGAAUUCCGGCAAUCUUUGAAGCUUGGGAAUAAUUCCAAGAUGGCUGUGUUGGGAAAGGGUCACAUUAGGUUGCAAAUUGCUGGAGUUAAUCAGGAUGUUCAUAUUGCUUGCAAGAAUGUUACCGAAAGCUCCCCUUUGCUUCCAACAAUUCUUGAAGACAAUACUCACCUUUGGCACUGCAGAUAUGGACAUCUAAGUUUUAAGGGUCUGAGAACAUUGCAAUAUAAGCAAAUGGUGAGAGGGUUACCACAGUUGAAGGCACCAUCCAAAAUAUGCACUGAUUGCAUGGUGGGAAAGCAACACAGGGAUGCAAUUCCAAAGAAGAGUUUAUGGAGAGCAUCACAAGACUGCACUUUUACUAUCUUCAAGAAUUAUAAAAACCUCGUUGAGAAAGAGACAGGAGCCUUUAUUCGUUGUCUGCGCACAGAUAGGGGUGGAGAGUUCACUUCUCACAAGUUCAAUGUCUUUUGCAAAAUUAAUGGUGUUAGCAGGCAACUCACUGCGGCCUACACUCCCCAACAAAAUGGAGUAGUUGAGCGCAAGAACAGGACAAUCAUGAACAUGGUUAGAAGUAUGUUAUCUGAGAAGCAAGUUCCAAAGAAUUUCUGGCAAGAAGCAGUAAAUUGGACAACGCAUGUGCUCAAUAGAAGUCCUACAUUGGCAGUGAUAGAUAUGACCCUUGAAGAGGCUUGGAGUGGUAUCAAACCCAAUAUUGAUUAUUUUCGGUUUUUUGGAUGCAUUGGCCAUGUUCAUGUGUCAGAUAGUAAGAGAAAGAAGCUGGAUGAUAAGAGUUUUCAGUGUGUGCUGCUAAGGAUGACUGAAGAGUCUAAAGCAUAUAGACUUUAUGAUCCAGCGUCCAAGAAGAUAAUUGUAAGCAGAGAUGUGUUUUUUGAAGAAAAUGAGUCCUCGAGUGGGGAGAUAGUAAUGAAGAAGGAAGUGAACACGAUCGAAGUGAAGAAGAAUCUGAAGAAGAGGUGGCAGCAUAAGAAGAAGGAGGAGAGGUUAGCUUAUCUUCAAGUGAGUCAUCUGGAGAAAAUUCUCCAACAUCUGAAGAAAGCUCACCAGAAGGGAGGAACAAAAGAGUACCAUUUUGGAUGGAAGAUUAUGUGA